CUGGACUAUACUAUACAUCAUCCAUCAUCCACCAUGUCCCAAUUUCCCAUCAUCAACACGACCCUGGCCUCAAUAGAGGCCAGCCCCCAAGUGCGCCAAGUCCUGCACCAUCUGCACACGCAGGCCCUUUCCGAGGACCCCUUCUUAGGCGGCGGUGGCCCCACCGACGGGGCCUUGGACAAAUUCGUGGCUCUCGACCCGGACAAGUGCGCGCUAGUGUACCUGCUUCUCCGCUCUACGGGCGCGCGCUUCGUCAUCGAGGCUGGGACGUCUUUCGGGCUGAGCACGAUCUACCUUGCCCUGGCCGUGGGGCAAAACGCGGGGCUGGAGAAGAGCUCCGGUGGUGGCAAGGUGAUUGCGACGGAGAACGAGCCGACUAAGGCGGUGCAGGCGCGGAGGAACUGGAAGAAUGCGGGGAGCGAGGUGGAGGAGUGGAUUGAAUUAAGGGAGGGAGACUUAAGGGAGACGCUUGAGGAGGGCUUGCCGGAGGAGGUCGAUUUCUUGCUGCUUGAUAUCUGGAGCCCUUUGGCUCUGCCUACCUUGAUUCUUGUUCACCCUCACCUGAGGAUCGGGGCAACGGUUGUUGUCGAUAACAACAUUGCGGCCGCGUCAGGGUAUAAGGACUUGACGGCUUAUCUAGAGAAUCCCGCCAACGGAUUCAAGAUGACGACAGCCCCUUACUCGGGAGGCCUCCUUAUUGCGGUAUAUAUUGGUGCGGGAAAAUUGUAG